GUGUCACUGACUGCUCAGUCGGUGUCCGCACGGUCGCUGGACGUAAACUCGUAUAGCGCGGCAGAGGAAUAGCAACACCAUACUUGCUGAAAAACUCUGUAUUAAAACGAUUAAAAGCUACAAAUUAUGAACUGAAGCUACGUUAAGAAAUUGAAAGUAACGUCUGAUUUCGUGUUCAGUGUGGUUUUUAUUUAAAGUGUUGUGUGAUAGGUGAUUUUGAGUGUGUGGCGUCAAGUCCCGUUGACCGGUUUUAUUUCAAAGCUUUGGAAUCUUGCAUUGGCGGGUCUUAAGAUGAUCACAACACACGGAUAAAGAAAAUCAUGUGCAAACUAAAGCGAGUAAGAUACAGUUGGAUAAUGCUGGGAUGACAUAGAUGCGCGUGACCGUGUGAGCACUAUGCCUCAGUCGGCGCUGGGGCUCGGCGGGGAGCGCCGGUACUCCGUGCCCUCCAACCCUCUGGUGCACGAUCCUCGAGGGAUGCACUCGGAGGACCUGCACGCGUGGUCGAUUUACAGACAAAAUCUGAAUUCGGACUUCACCGACAGCGCCCUAGGCAGCACCGACAAGAGCCCGCUCCCUUACGGCAACUUCCAGCUCCGCGAUACGACCGUGCAGUCCAUAUUGUCACACCCUCGAUAUGGACCCAAAUCAGCUCUGGGCUCGAACAUGUACACCUACCUGAAGUUCGGGCUCCCGAGGGUGUUCCCACCGAACCACAACGGCUCGCAGCGCUCCGGCACGCCCAAGCCCAAGACCUCUAUUGGCAGUGGCAUGAAACCUGCCCCUAGGAUCCAAAGGCAAAGUCGAGGCGUGCGCGAGACGUCGUCGGGAUACGACAGCUCGGACAACGAGACCACCACCAACUACAAGUACAGCCGAAAGUACCGCUCCGACCCUGACUUCAGGAUGCAGAACUUACACCCUUCGUAUCAGCACAGCACAGCAGUGCCAGUGGUAGCCAUGCAGCAGGCCGGCAUUAGAGGGGAGCCGCAGUGGACAGGCACGAGGAACAAGUCCGUCAGUGAAGCCAACCUCUUGGGCAUUGAUGCCAGGCCGCACCGGUCGCACUACAAUAGGAGGAACAGUGUUGCUGACUUCGUGCCUGAUAACGACCAUCAUCGCUACCUAAUGGCGCCGUCGCACCUCGGCGGGCGCGCCUCCAAAGCCGGCAGCCACAUGUCGGUGGCGCACUCGCGGAAGCACUCCACGCUGCGGCCCACAGACCACCUGGAUGGGUACACCCACUCCGCGUACAUCUACCCUAAUUAUUAUGUAAACAACUUAGAAAUCACGUCACCCGACAACAAGUCGACGCUGCUGGUGUCAGGGCUGAGUUUCGAGGUGAAAUCGGGCGAGAUCCUGGCGGUGUUGGCCACGUCGCAGCACGAGGCGACUGGCUUGCUGGACGUGCUAGCGGGAGUGAGGAAAAAACUCUCCGGCGACAUUGUGAUAAACGGGCAACCAGUGGCUUCGUCGACCCUCCGCAAGGUGGCGGCCUACGUCCGGAACGACACCAAUCUGUGCCCGAAUAUGACGGUGGAACACACGCUGAGGUUCCACGCCGCACUGCGGAGGCCGAGGAGCAACCACAACCAGGUCAAAAUGGACGACAGGGAUAGAAUAAACCUCCUAAUAGAAGAAUUAGGCUUAGAACAAGUGCGAGACACAAACGUCAGCCGCCUCACGCGAUCCGAGGUGCGAAGACUGAACGUAGCGUGCCAACUACUCCUGGACAUGGCGAUUCUGAUCCUGGACCAGCCUACUAAGGAAAUGGACAUCUUCGAUACGUUCUUCUUAGUGGAGUAUUUGAGGAAUUGGGCGAGCACGGGCAGGGUGGUUAUAAUUUCACUGCACCCGCCAACGUAUGAAAUCUUCGCUAUGUUGACGAAGGUGGUAUUAAUAUCAGCAGCCAGAACGAUGUUUAGCGGGUACAGAAGAGACAUGUUGCCAUAUUUCACCUCUAUCGACUACCCCAGUCCUGCCUUCAAGAACCCUUCGGAUUACUAUCUGGACCUGGUAACCCUGGACGACCUAUCCGCGGCGGCCAUGUUGGAGUCGUCAGGGCGUAUCGAAGCCUUAGCGAAUGUGUUCGCGGGAGCGCACGCGCCGCCCGAACCCCCGCCCCCCGUGCCUCUGCCCGCGCCCGCUGCGACUCCUAACGUCGCGUUGCAAGUCUUCGCGCUUAUUGAAAAAAGCUUAGUAUUCACGCAGAUGACAACGCUAUCGAAUGUUGUAACGCGGGUUCUCAUUGCAGCCAUCAUGUCCCUGGUCACUGGGACUAUCUUCUGGGACUUACCUACAACUGAUGCUAAGCUAACCCAAAAUGACCGAGUGGGUUUCCACUACUCGGUAAUGUGCCUGACAGUGUGGCCUAUUCUGCUGUGGCUGAGCGCUCGGGAGGCGAGCUCCAUGCGGCACCACGUGGAAAGGGACAUCGCCGUCGGCCUUUACUCGAGAAUAGUCUUUAUUUUAUUUGACCAAUUCCUUGAGUUAUGGUCAGGCGUGCUGACAUGGCUGGCUUACUUAGUGCCCAGCUACGCCAUGUCUGGCCUCUAUGCGCAGACGCCGGGCUCCUUCGAUGGAUUUUAUAUUUAUUUAGGCUACAUGGUGCUAUACCUAGUCAGCAUCCAAAUGCUGUGCCGCGCUACCAUAUUCCUCGUGCCAAUGGAGAAGACCGCAGCCAUCCUGUCAGGCCUCUGCCUUCUUCUUAGCACCUUGGUCUGUGGGGUCACGCUUCACGAGGCAGACAUUCCUAGAUUGGCCAAGUGGCUGCAAUACGUGUCGCCUCAGAGAUGGCUGAUGCCUGAGAUAUUGGGCAGAGAGCUCAGUGAGACAGCCUUGAGGACCAGUAUUAGUAAAGACGCCAGGUGUACCAAUAAGCAGAGACCAUACCAGGACAUAAUCGUCCAGUCACCGUGCCCACCGCCGAACGGGACGCAAGUCCUGUCCAACUACGAGUUCCUUCAUUCCGCCCAGCUGUGGGAAUGGACCGACGAGAGCUUCCUAAUAGCCUUGGCUAUCUUCUACGCCGUCUUUGCGAUUGUAGCCAUAUUGGCUUUCACCUUUGACUGUACUAAGUACACGAGGAGCAAACACAGGGCGUCCUUGAAAGGACAUAAGAUCACUGUCAAUACGCCGUAGGGAUGUUGGUAGUCAGUACAUCUACGUAUCACAAAAAGUUCUUCAAUUGAUUUUGAACCUUGCGAUAAGGAGUUAAGUUUAAAAUCUAUUGGGGAAUUUCAAAAUUGAGUGGCACUCUGCUGCUGAACAAGGUUUUUACCUUGGAUUCCAGUUCUAUAGUCUUGACCAAUAAGGCUGGAGACUAGGAACUGAAUAAGCUUUUUGUCAUACAAAAGAAGUUUGUAUCAACAAAAUGCACGCAUGAAAAAUUUACACAUAAACAGACCCCUACAAAGAAAGUACACAAGUAAACUUUAUAAAUGAAUUAUCAAAAUUAUGAUUAAAAUGUAGAAAACAUCAUCAAUUUACGUGUUUUACGUAAAUCUGUGAUAUUUGCCAAUACAUAAAUAUGAUCAUACAAUAAAAUGUGAUAAAAAUAAUCAUCACAAUUUAUUACGUCAUAGACAAUGCAAUAAAAUGCUCAAAGACGAGCGUAAGGUUGUAUUAAAUUAAUAAAUUCGUUCAAAAUGUACAAAAUAAUGAUAUUUUUAAGGUUAUUUGUUAUUCAAAAGUAAGGCUGACUAGUAAUGUCUUCCGUCCUGAAUGAAAUCUUUUAAAAAUAUUGUAGCAUGUAAAAAUAUUAUCGCAACUUUAAUUUUAUAUAAAUUACUUAAAACUUAUAAAAAAAUCUAGAACUUUACUCUGUACUUCUUUCUUUUUCUCGAUGAACUUCUUUCAAAAGGGUCUUCUAUUUCUAUCUACCUCUCUCUAUUUCUUGCUUCCUUUUCUCUACUUCUUGUUAGAAAAAAGAUGUUUAAGUAAGCAUGUUUAGUUAAAAAAAUUAAUUUGUAAAUAUUAAAAACAACUUAGUGCCGAAUUCGCAUAAUUUCACGUAUAUCGCUAACACUGCCCUUGUGUAAUGCUCAUUUUGAAUUUAUUUUCAAUGAAAAUUUAUAUAUUUUCAAAAAAUAAAUAUUAUUCAAUAUGCCAACUAUUGUUAUAACUUAGUAUAAUAAUGAAAGUGGAGCCAUAUCACUUAAAUAUAGAGAAACUUAAUUGUUAAGUUACCUUAACGUUAAUCAUAAAAUUAAAGUAAUAAAGACAAUAACUACUA